AUGGGAUGCUGUCCGUCUAUAAAGACAGCAGUUAAUCCGUCUGAUUGCCAUCCACCAACAAACCCAAAGCUUCACAUCACAAAGUUUCAACUUGAUCAAUCUCCACGCACCUCGCACUUCAUCAUGUCUCCCUCGGCAGUCGAUACAGUCCAACAAACUGUGGACGAGAUCAAGGAGAAGGUCAUUCCAGUCCAGAAUAAGGAGCAAGUGCCAGAGGUUGUCGAGGACAAGGGUGUCCAAGUUCAAGAGGAAGAACUCCCAGAGCUCUACACGAACCACAAGGAGCCUUUGAAGCUCAGUGGCGCGCUUGAGGUCUUUGACUCCUUCGAUGUUACCCCUGUGAUCGGAAGGGAAUAUUCCAACGUCGACCUCGUCAAGCUCCUCCGUGCUCCAAACUCGGAUGAGCUGCUUCGUGAUCUUGCCAUUACCAUCUCUCAACGUGGUGUUGUCUUCUUUCGGAAACAGGAGGGCUUGACUGACGAUCUUCAAAAGGAGUUGGUCCAGCGUCUCGGCCAGCUUUCUGGAAAGCCAGAGACUUCCGGUCUUCACAUCCAUCCCAUCAGCAACGCCGCCCGUGAGCAUGGUGGCAAGGACGACGAGAUCAGCGUCAUCUCCUCAGAGCAAGCCAAGAAGCUCUACGCCGAUCGCUUCGCCAGCGCAUGGAACGGUGGCAGACAUCGUCAGUCCGGAAAGGGCCAGUGGCACUCUGAUAUCACCUUCGAGCCUAUUCCCAGCGAUUAUGCUCUUCUCAAGCUGACACAGCUGCCCAAGACCGGAGGUGACACCCUCUGGGCCUCUGGCUAUGAGCUCUACGACAGAAUCUCCCCCAAGCUCCGCGGCUUCCUCGAUACCCUCACAGCCUACUAUGCCCAGCCACUCUUCACCGAUGCCGCCAAGCGAAACGGCUUCAGCAUCUACUCCGGCGAGCGUGGCGCCCCCGAGAAUGUCGGCGAUGUCCUCGAGGCCAUCCACCCCGUGAUCCGCACCAACCCAGUCACCGGCUGGAAGUCAGUGUUUGCUGUCGGACACCACGUCAAGCGCAUCCAUGGCCUCUCUGAUGAGGAGAGCAAGCACUUCCUUGACUGGUUCGUCCAGCUCAUCGUCGAAAACCAUGAUUUGCAAGUCCGCUUCAAGUGGAAGGAUGUGAAUGAUGUUGCCAUUUGGGACAACAGGAGUGUUUACCACGCGGCCACCCCCGAUUAUGUUUUUGAGGACGGGCUGGGCGAGCGCAAGGGGAGCAGAGCUGUCAGUCUGGGUGAGAAGCCUUACUACGACCCUCAGAGCACUAGCAGGAGGGAGGCUCUUAGGAAAUAG